AUGGUUUCAAAAGUAGAAGGUCGUCGUUUGCGUACACAACUUAGAAAGAAUUACGUGGACGAUGAUGAUUUCUUUGAAGAAGUAUUUGAAAAAGUACAAAGAUGGCAGAUUGAAGAGAAAUUAACUGCUUCAGAUAGUUAUCAAGGAAAAUUUGUUGAAGAACUUACAGCUGACGAAUUCAAUUUAUCCUAUAUUCAACGUACCGGUUUUCCAAAUCCAAUUAUUAUAAAACAACAUCGAGGCUUAGGCCUUCGAGUUCCAACAUCUAAUUUUACAAUUCAUGAUGUUCGUGCAUGUAUUGGUUCUCAACGUAUAAUCGAUGUUGUUCAUGUUGAUACUCAAGAAUCAUCACAAAUGACAAUGAAAUCAUGGACAGAUUAUUAUGAUCAACCACCAGAAAAACGUUCUCAAUUAUUAAAUGUUAUUUCACUUGAAUUUAGUCAUACAAAACUUGAAAAAUAUGUUGAAUCUCCAUCACUUGUACGUGAAAUUGAUUGGGUAUCAAAUGCAUGGCCUCAAUAUUGGCAAAAUCUUCAAGCUCAAUAUCAAAAUAAUCUCAAACAAGAACAUAUGUAUUAUCCAAAAACUCGAAAAUAUGUUCUUAUGUCAGUUGCAAAAUGUUUUACUGAUUUUCAUAUUGAUAUGGGUGGAUCAUCUGUUUGGUAUCAUUUAUUAAAAGGAAAGAAAGUAUUUUGGUUAUUACCACCAACUGAAUCUCAUUUACGUUUAUAUGAAGAAUGGAAUUUAUCUGGACAACAAAAUGAAUGUUUUUUUGCUGAUUUAUGUAAUUCAAAUGAUUGUCAAAUGAUAAUUCUUGAACCUGGUUGGACAUUUUUUUUACCAUCAGGUUGGAUUCAUGCUGUAUAUACAAUGGAAGAUUCUCUUGUUUUUGGUGGAAAUUUUUUAAAUUCUUUUAAAAUUCCAAUGCAAAUACAAGUUUGGAUGAUUGAAAGAAAAGUUCGAGUACCUGAUCGAUUUCGAUAUCCAUAUUUUAUUGAAAGUAUGUGGUAUAUUAUUCAACGUUAUGUACAUAGCCUAACUGGUAUUACACAUAUUGCUGAUGAUUGUUUGGAAUAUGCACAAAAGCAACAAGAAACAGAUGGAAUAAAAUCAACAACACCAAUCAAUUCUUCAGAUCUGAAACCUUGUCGAACAAGUCGAUUGUUGCUAGUGAACAAUAAUAAUAAUAAUAAUAAAGACAUUGAACAGCAAUAUCAACAUUUGACUCGAUUUGAACUAGACGGUCUACAAACAUUAUGUUCUCUUUUACGAAAAUUAAAAGACAAAUCGAUCCCGGAAGAUCUUAUUCAACCACAACAACUUUUGGAAUCAAUGGAGCGUCUUCUUAUUGAUCAUGUUUCUGAUGAUUCUCAAUUAUCAAUAACUGGUCAAUCGAUAAUUCAUUACAACUAUAAUCAACAAUAUACAUUUGAUAUAACUAACAAUCAAAACGAAACGGAGUCUUUUCAAGGCAUUAAACGUAAAAAUCCUGAUCAUAAUAAUAUGCAACAAUCAUCAUUUCAUCUUAUUCAUCCUUCACAACAUCAAUAUGAAACAUUAUCAAUGCAACAACCAACUACAAAUGUUGUUACAUUACAUCCAUCAACAACUGUUUUAUUAAGUGGACCAUUAGCUAGUUCUAAUUCAUCAAAUUAUUAUCCUUCUCAUCAUCCUCUUCCACCUCCACAACAACAACAACAACAACAACAACAUUAUAUUAAUAAUUAUAAUCAAUAUACUCCAACAAAAUCACCAACACAACAACAUUAUCAAACAGAUAAAAAUAUAACUGCAAAAGAUCGACAUAAACGUGUUCGAUGUAAACAAUGUGAACCAUGUUGUCGAGAUGAUUGUUCUGAAUGUGUACAUUGUAAAGAUAUGCCAAAAUUUGGUGGUGUUGGAAAAAUGAAACAAUGUUGUUUAACAAAACAAUGUAUUGCACCUAUAUUACCAUCAACAGCAACAUGUCAAGUAUGUUUAAAAAAGAAAGGUUCAAGAAAAUUAUCUCAAUUAAAACCUGAAGAAAUUCUUUAUGAAUGUGAACGUUGUAUGGAAAUUCAUCAUUUACCAUGUUUUCAUACUGCUCAUUCUGAUGUAUCUACAAGUGAAGGUGUAUUUAGUGAUGAUAUACCUGAAACAUGGUUAUGUCCAAAAUGUAUUACAGCUAAUACACCUGAACCACCUUUGUAUAAAUUACGACCUAUUGUUCGACGAACAUUAGUUACAACAAAUAAAGGUAAAAAUGGUCUUAUUGAAUUACCAUAUUCAGAUCCUUCACAACAACAACAUCAUCAUCAUAUUUUACAACAACAACAACAACAACAACAGCACCAGCAACAAUAUCAUAUGUAUGCAACAAAUAUAAAUACGAAUUUACAUUAUACAGAUUCGUAUGAAGUUAUGGAAAAUGAAGCAAAAAAACGCCGUCUUUAUGCAAGUAUGUAUACAACAAAUGGAAAUAUUGAUUCACCUGGAAUACCAACCAAUCCAUCGUCAACAAUGAAUAAUAAUUUAGUUGCUCUUGAUGAUCUUUCACAAUCGUUAAAUGAUUCGGAUUUAUAUAUUCCACAAAUGUUUGCUGUUUAA